AGAAGAAUCUCCAAGUAGAGUCGAAAGAGACGGAGCUUGCAAGUUACGUGAGCGACUGCGUGUCGGUCGCGCUGGACUCCGUGCUGUGCGCCACCAGGCUGCAGCAGGACGGCACCAGCGGAGAGGAUCCCAAGAUAAUCGGCGCCUUGAGGAAUAGAGCACAUUUGAUCAUCAGUUACCUAUGUAUGAGCGGGUGCUUCGCCCGAGCAGAGGUGGCCGGUGAGGCGCGUCAAAGCGUGCAGACUCUACUCACUAUCUGCGCUGAUCUCUGCCAGCCCUCUGCCACUGAUACCGGUUGCGAGCGCGCUAUGGCGAAGCAGUCGCUCCGUCAGGCGCUGGGCACAGGGCUGUGCGGCUCUCGUGCGGAGUUUUGUAUGCUGUUCGCGGAGGGUGCGGACUUGGGGCACUGCAGUAUCUUCGUGCGGGCCGCCAGGACGGCGCACCUGCUGCGAGCUAUCGCAGAACUGGAUUAUACUAUUGUACAGGAAGCCUUCGGAGAAGGAGGUUGGCCUCUAGAGUUCCGAGCUGCCGUCGCCCGCUUGCUGUCGCAGCACGCGCCCAGUGACAAGGAGGCGCCCCGUGCGCAGAACAAAAAAGGUCCGACUGGCCAGCGUUUAGACCAGUCGCUCUCGGAGACUAUGGUCCUGGAUCUGAUUGUGCUCGUCGGAUUUGUGGUUGUCGAUAAUCCACAAUUACAGGAGACGAUUUGUGACGGGUGGAGUGUGAUCCGCACUCUUUGUACGUUGCCCGCCAACUGGCUGGUGUCGAGUCCGCACAGCCACGCGCUGCUGCCCACUUUGCUGGCGCUGGCGCAGAGACCGGCCACGGCGGCCGCCGUCGCUGCGGACUUCAGCACACACAUGCUUACCAACUUUAUGGAAAGCGAGGACGCUCAGAAACUCAAAUUGAUACAAAUUAUCAAACAGUCACGGAACAGGAAUAACGAUACGAAUAAUUAACUUAAAGCUAUAUUCUGAUAUACAUACUUAUGUACUAAUGUAUAAUAUUGGAUAUAACGCUAUUGCGAUAUUCACGAUUUAAUCACAAUUUACUCGACUAUGGUUUUAAAAACAUUUGUUUUAACUGACAAUUUGUACAAUCGCGGAAAUCUGUGGUGUUUCCUUUUCAGAAUUAUAUUGUACUAUACAAAUUCUGUUUAUUAUAAUAAAGGUAGCAAUGAGUUUUGCAAACGAUGGGAUAUUAAAAAUCAAUUAGCCGUGUUACUCCAUCCUUUAUCACGAUACGUACUAAAACUGCUAAGAUGGAACAGACAGAUUCCCUGAUUGUACUUUAAAUGUAUUCUUUAAAUGAAAGAGGUUUUUGUUCGUGUUUCAAUGGAAAAUACUAUAUCCAUGUCUUUGAAGCUUUCCAUAGACAUUCAUAAAAGUAUAUCAAAAUUCAAACUUUAUGCCGGCUCGUUAUCUGCGACCCAAAAAUGUAUCAAGUGAGGUUGUGUUGUUUAUCUUUUUAUCCCGCCGAUAAAGGUACUAGUUAUUUCUCGCGACUUUGUCCGUGUCAAAUAAAAAAUAGUAUAAAACAGCCUAUGUUACUAGUGAGUAAUUAUCUUAUCAGUGGAUAACGUUGCUUUUUAAUGGUGCAAGAAUUUUUGAAUUCCGUACAGUGAAUUUUGAAUUAAUACAUUAUUUAUU